AUGGAAGAGGACGACGAGACCUCUAAAGCAAUUCCUACCUGGGUCGAAUUGGAAUAUGCGCACAUGCGCACGCUGGCAGGUCCCAGUGCCCAAGUCCACUUUACGAGCUUAUCGGAGGCAUCGAGGGAUUUCCUACGCUCCUCCAUCGAUCGCGAUGCCUCUCAGCCUGGAUCCACCGAGUCUGAAAAGGCCAAAGCCUCUUUUCAUAAAGACGGUAUUUUGAAGCUUAUGGAAGAUUUUGGUGUGCCAAUUGAGAAAGUGUGCCUCUUGGAUCCUAAAGCUGAGAAGGAGCUCUCCCCGGAAGAUGGAGAUGGGAGGUUUGAAUGGUUUCUGUUCGGUGGAAUUCUAGGUGAUGACCCGCCUCGGGAUCGCACUGGCGAGUUGCGUGUUCUUGGGUUCCCCAACCGUCAUCUGGGACCCGUCCAAAUGACGACAGACACCGCACUCGGUGUGACCAAGCUCGUCGUCGACGAUAAAACCCCAUUGGACAAGAUCCCCUACGUCGACUUCCCAACCAUCCGGUUCAACAGCAAAGAGUCCGUGGAAAUGCCUUUCAGGUACAUCGCCAAUGGAUCCGAACCCAAACUACCACCAGGAAUGCGGGAACUCCUACACGAAGACCUCAACAAAUCCUUUGAUUUUUGA